CUCAACUUCUCUGCGUGUUAACCUGUCGCCUUCACGCCCUCGCAUCACGACUCUCCAUCCACCCUCUCGAAUCAACAAUCGUAUCGCCAUCAUCGUACGUUCGACGUCUCGUCGCGCACAUGUCGACACGACAUUAUUAGGCAUGGUACGGACCAGACUGAGUCCCGGCGUUGAUUUGCGCCAUUCGACACCUACCAGAGCAGCAACGUCUCUCCCCCCGGUUGGCCACCAGUCAACGCUCCUCAUAUUCAGGUGACGAGUUCAUCCAGUAUGGCCCAACCACAGCCUGCCUCAUCUCGUCCUCCUCUACCUCCCACUCAGACCUCGUUUCAUCGCGACUUCCCUCCCUCCAACAGUCGACCAAGCCCUCAGUCGCCGCAAAUGCCCGUUCCUUAUUCCACGCCCUCCCCCCAACAAUUCUCCCCUACUUUCAAUCAGCCUCCGGCCAAAAGGAUGAGAAUGUCUCCCGAAAUUCAAUCACCGAUUCCCGCAUCAUCUCAACCUGCAACACCUACGGCUCAACCUUCCACUCCCAUCGGCGGGCCUAACGUCAAUGGGUCCACCCCUAACAUGCUGCGACCCGGGUCGAUGGCUCCUCCUCAACGACCGGUCGACAAACCUGAAAAGCCUGGCGACCGGAACUAUGAGGAUAUUUUGUCUGGCACGGGAAUCAACAUUGAAGAGGAGGCACGUAUGUUAUCCAGGCCUGACUAUUAUGCCAAUUCUGCUCAAAACUCUUUUCAAUCGCGACCCGGAUUCGACAGCAGAGCCAAUUCUUUCACUGCGCCCGGUUCCCAAGGCGAAGGUACCGCUAUGUCUCUAGACCAGCUCGAUGGCCAGCCUCCUAUUCCGAGUUAUCAACCCACCGCAGAAGAACUAAAGUCACGAGGAGAGCAACGCCUGGACUGGGAGGCGGCGAGACAUAGUCAGCAUCCACUUUGGGAUAUGUUUUUAUUGGGCGGCGCGUUAAAUGAAAAGAUUCGGAAUAUCAGCAUUUCAGAGCAUCUGGUGGAUCCUCAAUCAGGCGUUCUAGUCAAUACUCAGAAAGUCGGCCCCCCACCAGUUGUACGUGUUAAUGGCCUCGAAGCUGCUUCUCGGGUCAUUGACAGAGGUCAAGCCAUCCUGGACACGGGCCAGAAAGGUGAACGUCUAUCCGAGAUUAUGAAAAUUGUCAGCCUGGCCACAAGAGCCCGCCUUACCGGAUUGAUUAGCUCAGCCUCUCGGAUAUCUCGCGAACGACAAGAUCACGCCAAAGGAAAAAUCCCCGACGAGUGGCAAGACAUCGCUGUGCCAAUCAAAGCUCCCACGGAUCUUCCUGAAGGCAUGGUGAGCCCAGCAGGCAGCAGCAGUUUGAAGCGUAUGAUGACCAAAGACUCUCCCUCGACUCUAUCUAACCGUGACCCAGGCACUCUUUCACAAGCCAACGGCGAGAAAAGCGCUCUCGCGCGCCUUGUCGAUGUUCUGGACAUAGCGUCUUCAGCAGACCGAGCCCGAGAAGACGCACGACGUCAAAAACGACUCAAACGGAGAAACGCAGGAAAUGCAGAGGGCACCUCUGGGCCUAACGGGGUAGAUGCCGCCGCAGAAGCCGCUCUAGCUGCCAUGGAGGCCGAGAAGAAGACGACCAAGAAGGAGAGGAAGUUGGCCGAGUCCAAAUUCUCAGAGCAACAACAGCAUAAGUCGGCCAACGAAGCAGCUCGAAUGGCUGUCUCUGGGCUCAUGGGGAACCGUUUUGGAGGCAAGAAGCAGAGGACCUACGACUGGAUGAACCCUGGAAAGGGAGCCAGUGCUGCGUCAAGUCCGGCUGCGACGCCUGGAAGAGCAGCACCAGGCUCCGGAGCCACCUCUGCUGCUACAACGCCAGCUGGUGCAUCGGAUCGCGCUCGAACAAGCCAGAUCGCCAAGGGAAAGCAAUUGGGACAAUGGGAUGAGACGAAGGACGCCAAGAUUCAGGCACGAGAUGUAUUCCUCGUUUUAGAAUCAGACGGGCGGGCUUCUCGAUCUUACAUUCGGGGUCUCAGCCUGCCCGAGACUUGAUGUAUUUCUCUUGCGGCUUUGGUGCCUCGGUGUGAUUAUGCGCACCGCAGGACUGAGUCGUGACCAUCUUUUGAUCUACAGAUUUUACGGUCGAAUAAAAACACCGCAUCGGGUCAUGGGCAUUGGAGGUUAUGGGGAUUGGUAUCCAACAUGCGGAUGAGAGGUGCAUUGCAGUCUGCUGUAACAUACAAUCAUGAAACAGGCAAAAAAGAACUGUAGAAUUUUUGCGGUCUUCAUAUAGAAGCCUUCAUUUCGUCCUAAUGGCACCGACACUCUUGAUUCCAUGGCUGGAGGGCGAAGCCAGGUUGCUUGCAUAAUUACCUUACAAAG